CAGCUUCUACCUAUGCUGACACGUAACACUGUGACGUCAUAAGGUCCCCUGGUACCGCCGGACCAACCUCAGCUGUACCCGACCAAACUGAGUCAUCAGGGCUUUUAUUCUGAAAUUUCCUCUCAGAGGAAGUGACGUCAUGUGUAGCGUUGUUGUGUUCCGGGCAGCGUACAGAUGCUGGUACUUGAAGAACUGUCUGCAGGUUUUAGGUUCGGUUCGGUCGGAGAUAACUUCAAAGAUCCGGAGAAGCAGUUCGAAGAAUUGCGGAGUGGGUCGGCAGCGGAGCCGGAAGGAAGCUGCAUGGCUGCGGCGGUUUCUGCGGGAGGCCCGCCUCUCAUCAUGGAGAACGGACAGACCGCCCCCACCCCCAAGCUGGGCCUGCCUCCGCUUACCGCCAACCAGCAGGAGGCGCUGCAGAAGGCUAAAAAGUACGCUAUGGAGCAGAGCAUCAAGAGCGUGCUGGUGAAGCAGACGCUGGUGCAGCAGCAGCAGCUCACCAGCCUGCAGAUGGCUCCUCUGACCAUGGGUUUAGGAGACGCUCUGUCGCCGCUGCAGUCGGUGGCAGCGCAGCGCCAGCGAGCUCUGGCCAUCAUGUGCCGGGUCUACGUGGGCUCCAUCUACUACGAGCUGGGCGAGGACACCAUCAGGCAGGCCUUCAUCCCCUUUGGACCAAUCAAAAGCAUCGACAUGUCCUGGGACUCAGUCACCAUGAAGCACAAGGGAGGGGCCGGGUGGUCACGUGACAUCACCGCGGCCGUCCGCUUAUCCCUGCGCGCUGUCUUGCAGGUCGGCCGGCCCAGCAACAUCGGCCAGGCUCAGCCGAUCAUCGACCAGCUGGCGGAGGAAGCGCGGGCCUUCAACAGGAUCUACGUGGCGUCCGUCCACCCCGACCUGUCCGACGAGGACAUCAAGAGCGUCUUCGAGGCCUUCGGCAGGAUCAAGUCCUGCAUGCUGGCCCGCGAGCCCACCACCGGGCGCCACAAAGGCUACGGCUUCAUUGAGUACGACAAGGCUCAGUCGGCCCUGGACGCCGUGGCCUCCAUGAACCUGUUCGACCUUGGGGGGCAGUACCUUAGGGUGGGGAAGGCCGUGACUCCGCCCAUGCCCCUCCUCACCCCCACCACUGCUGGAGGACUUCCUGCGGCCGCCGCCGUGGCUGCAGCUGCUGCCAGUGCCAAGAUCACAGCUCAGGAUCCGGUUGGAGCUUCGCUGCUCGGACCUUUGGCCGGCCCGGCGCUCCUCUCCCAGCAGCUGGGACUCCCGCAGGCCGUCAUGGCCGCCCAGGCACCGGGAGUCAUCACAGGCGUGACCCCGGCUCGCCCCGGCCUGCCGCAGGUGGGGCUGGUGAACCCGGUUCUGGCUACGCCUCCAUCGGGCUCGGAGCCCCGGAGGAAGGAGGCGGAGUCUCAGCUGGAGGCGCAGCAGGAGGCGGCGUCGGAGCCGCUCAGCGAGCAGGAGCACAUGAGCAUCAGCGGCAGCAGCGCUCGCCACAUGGUGAUGAGGAAGCUGCUCCGCAAGCAGGAGUCCACCGUCAUGGUGCUGAGGAACAUGGUGGGCCCCGAGGACAUCGACGACGACCUGGAGGGCGAGGUGACGGAGGAGUGCGGGAAGUUCGGCCAGGUGCGGCGGGUCAUCAUCUACCAGGAGCGGCAGGGCGAGGAGGACGACGCCGACGUCAUCGUCAAGAUCUUCGUGGAGUUCUCGGAGGCGGCGCACCGGAACCGCGCCAUCCAGGCGCUCAACAACCGCUGGUUCGGGGGCCGCAAGGUGGCCGCCGAGGUCUACGACCAGGACCGCUUCGACGCCAGCGACCUGUCGGCGUAGAACCUGCCCGUCUCCAUGGAAACGCUUCUUCUCCUGCAGGCUGCGUCGGACCGAGCCGAGACGGGCUUCCUCUCAGAACCGAACGUUCUGCCGAUCCGGUUCUGGACCGGAACCGGCUCCAUCCGGGUCGGGGAACGAAGAGCGAGUGGUUCUGGUUCGGACGGGACUGCUGUGGCUGGGUUCGGACCGGAACCGGCCUCUGUUCUCCUGGAUGGGCGAACCUGAACGUUCCCGACAUGAAUUCUCAGAACCGAACAGAACCGGGCCGGGUCCAAAUGAAUAAAUGUUUUCCAGCUGU